AUGCCGUCAAGAGCCGAGUACCCGAGAGUUUUCUGUCCGAAACGUGAUUUCCCGCCAUCGAUCGCGGCGGCUUUCAGCGCCUCGUGCAUUGUCGCCGUUCAAUUGCUCGUUUCGGUGAUCGUUUUUGGCAAUCUUCGCAUUGAUGAAAAGUACACGAUCAUCCUAGACGCAAUCAUUUGGGCGAUUUAUUUCCUCUGCAUUUUGUCAAUUAAAUUUCGCUGGGGAAUCGUGCUCCUUUGGUAUGUUGUUUACAUGGUGAUCUCCGUUUUCAUCCUUUUCCUCACCUCAUUCACUUUUAUGUUGCUCGUUGCGUUAGGGAUGAAACCACCGGGCACAUAUACGAGCACUCUUUUGUGGCUAGCCGCUUUUUGUUUCGCGUUUUUCAUUCUCACACUUUACCUCACGAAAAAGACGAUCGUCGCGCUGAGACGAAUGAAAAUUGUGCCUUCACUCGGUGGAUAUCCAGAAUUCAACAAUCCACCAAAUUCUCCCAAUAGAUCAAGACAGAAUCGUCGCCAACGAGAGAGCUCCGAGGUGGGGCCCGUGCCUGUCGAUUCACCGCCAAUUUACAUAAUUGCUGUGGAAACCGGUGAAAAUCCACCAAUGUACGAUCACCUUUUCCCUCACGGAGCACCAACAACAAGCGCCAAUCUCGUGGAAGCGAUCGAGCUACAAAAAGCGACGAAUAACCCCGUACAAAGUACA